GCGUGCAUUUAGAUUUGAGAGGCCAAUUAAACGGUGCUGGAAACCGUGGAAAACGUAGAUCUAGCCAUCUUAGAAGCUGGUUAAUCAGCUAGAGCUUCAACGACAACUAACAUUAUGUUCAGCUAGUUAUCUGGCUGAGCCUCAGAACUGUGGAUUGAAAGUUUGCCCCUGCCACCUUCCAUCUGUCUGUCUGCUGGUGACCAGUGAGUUGAGUCCCCUGCUUUGGCAUGGCAAUCCUGUUUGCUGUGGUGGCGCGUGGUACCACCAUCCUGGCUAAACACGCCUGGUGUGGCGGGAACUUCCUAGAGGUGACUGAGCAGAUCUUGGCCAAGAUCCCCUCUGAAAACAACAAGCUCACCUACUCCCAUGGGAGCUAUCUCUUCCACUACAUCUGUCAAGACAGGAUCAUAUACCUGUGUAUCACUGAUGAUGACUUUGAGAGAUCGCGGGCAUUCAGCUUCCUCAGUGAGGUGAAGAAGAGGUUCCAAACAACCUAUGGGUCACGGGCACAGACAGCGCUACCCUAUGCCAUGAACAGUGAGUUCUCCAGCACGCUGGCUGCGCAAAUGAAACACCACUCAGACCCCCGGGGCUCAGAUCGCGUGACAGAGACGCAGAUGCAAGUGGAUGAGCUGAAGGGCAUCAUGGUCCGCAACAUCGACCUGGUGGCCCAGAGAGGAGAAAAGCUAGAGCUGCUGAUCGACAAGACCGAGAACCUUGUGGACUCUUCCGUCACCUUCAAAACCACCAGCCGCAACCUGGCGCGUGCCAUGUGUAUGAAGAACCUGAAACUCACCAUCAUCAUCGUGAUAGUGUCUAUCGUCAUUCUUUACAUCAUUGUGUCGGCGGCCUGCGGAGGACUGAGCUGGCCCAGCUGUGUGAAGAAGUAGGAGAGGCGGAGCAGCUCAAAACCACUGCCUCCCGAUCCCGUCCUACCCAACCCGGUCCGUUAGGUUGGGGGAAGGGGGGGGCAACCGAACCACUUCCAAGACUCGAUCCCAGUUGAACUGAGCCCCAUUCCACCUCUUUCUUUUCUCCCCGUUCAUCUCCUGUCCUCUGUCUCGACUUUUCGCUUCGUGGAGGGAGAUAGCCAUGGGCACGCUUGCCUUAUCGACCGGAGACACAGCAGUACGGAAACAUGCCUGCACAAACAAGUUGUACCAACGCAGUCACCCCAUUCAGGCGCAAGACUGAUGAUCAUUGCUGUACAGAUUGUGAUUCAUUGGCAUUUACUCCCAGAAUGAUUCAUUCAUUUAGGUAUGCAGACAGUUAUUUAAAUGUUAUACAUGUUCUGCUGGUGUAAUGACAAGAAUGAAGACUUUACAAGGCGGUCAAGCCAAAAAAAGGAUGGACCUCCUGAGGUCAAGGGGCUGAAUUGUGAUGGAGGUCAUCUGAGAGAUUCUGGCCCCCAGAGCACCUUUGCUGUUGUGCUGCUUUCCUCUCAAGUCCAAACUAAGUUGUAUACAGAAACAGUCUUUGCAUGUGAUAUUUAAUCUCAUUGUUAUGUGAAGGUUAUCGUCGCCACACUGCCAUCUAUAUAUAUGAGUCACAGACGCACAGAUCACUUUGGCACAGAGUGCAGUGUAUGGUAUUCAUGCAGUUUUUGUGGCUUCACUUCCCCACCGUACCACUUCCUCAACAGUUAAGAUUUUUUUUUUUUUUUUUUUUU